AUGCAGCCGGAGCGGCGCUUGGGGGGGGAGGGGGGAGCGGGCGGAAAAGGCCGAGUCAGCCGCUCCCCAACCUCAUAUAGAGGGCACGUUCCCCCUACGUCACUGCCCCCCCCACCCCCGUGCAUCCGGAAGCCCUGCAACCGGGGACGUGUCACGCAGGCCCCGCGGGGGAGGGGGCGUGGGGAUGGAACCGAGAAGCAUCCAGGUACUUUCCCGCCAAGGCACAAUGCUCCGUUCCAAAAGGGUCGACGUAUCCUCCCGUGUCCGGGGGGAAGGGCGGAGGGUCACCAGACCCCGUCUGGCUUGGGGGGGGUCAGCGGGCUCACCAGGGGUGCCCCCGCCGGAAGGGGGCGGGGCUCGGGUAAAGCCAGGCCUCUCCUCGUUGGUCACGCCCCUGGCCCCGCCUGCCCCGCCUCCCUUCCGCUGGGGGAGACCAGCCCCACGGUAGUUGUACUGCGGUGGAGGCCUUGUCUUGUCCUCGGCCCUUCCCUCCCGAAGGUGGCUCCUGGUGUGCCAACGAACUCCCGUGGCGAGGAAAAUCACCUCCCGCUGCCGCCCGUUAGUUUGGUAGAACUUUGGGGGGCUCGGAUGUCCCCCUUCCCAUCUUUGGCUCUUGGUGCACUCCCGCUCUGCCGGACUGCCUUUGUUACGGGGGUGGGGGGUGGGGAGGGAAGGGCUCCGAGCCGAGGAAGCGAUCAUGAGGCCAUUGGAGGGUCCUGAGCAGCCUCGAGGCCGGCCUGUCCGCGGCCCCUUCGCUUAAGGCACACCCCUGGACCGCACUUCGCGAGUUCCCCUUUCGUUCCUGAAGUGCGCCCCGGGCGGAUGGCUCUUGUCCGGCCCCAUGUGGUCAUCCAACGUGUGCCCAAAGACCUCUAGGGGGCCAACCCAUUGGACUUGUAGAUAGUUAACUGGAGGCUUCCCGGAUGUCCUGGGCUGUACUGGAACUGGUGGUUAGGUCUUCAGUGAGUAUGUCCUCCUCAAAACGGCAAACACUGCCAAUGGACCGCGAUUCUUUAUACUUUUGUUGAUUAUCCAGACUUAACAGUGAUGGAAAUUAUGUCGAUGGUCCAAAUUAAACAUUAAAGCGUUCUGCCUGCGUAUUUUUGGGAAAACCACCUAUCCCAGCAUGUCCCUGUUACAUCAAGCCUCAAUUUACUGCUACAACUAAUGCCUUUUUCCCCCAGCUUUAACCCUCCCUUGCCAAGCAGAAUUUGACCUACCUUUCACAAAGAGGCCUUUCAAAUACUAGACCUAUUUAAUCCUAUCCAAUUUAAUUCCACAAACAUUUAUUUAGCUUCUUUUAUACGUUAAGUACUAAACUUAUGUGCUAGGGACACUUAAGACACAAAAUUUUCCCAAGAGGCAAUGUCACCUUCCAAGUUUUCUCUGGUCCAAGGCUAAAUGUCCUUCUUGAUAACAUCCUAGAUGUAGAGCUUGAAAUACUUAAGAUGUCGUUUAGAACAAACAUUUCAUUUUACACACUUUUAACUGAAUGUUGCUUUCUUGUUCUGUGAGCUGUGGCUCUAUUGCUGCACAAAGCAGAGACAGGUUUUAGAAAUCCAGUAGCAAUAUAAUUCAUCACUUUCAGAAUGAGGAAUACCGUUUGCAAACUGGAAGUUCUCAAGUGGUAGACCUUCCCUUGUUGCAGGAAAGGUCGAGAUUUUAUACACAAAUCAUUAGUGGGAAGGGAGAGGACCAUAUGGCACUUUUUUCCUCUUACUAUAUAUUGUUGUUAGAAAUGCCAUCUAUUAGGGAUAUCUUAAUCUUUACCAUCUUUUAGAUAGGUAACUGUAGAGUGCUUUGUAGGACAAUGGUGAGGGGAAAAUUACAAUUGGUGCAGUAUAAUAGAUGUGAGUAUUAAAACUGAUAGUUUUAUGCUUUAAAAAAAAAAUAGGGGAAUUGCUGAAAAAAAGUAGUUAUGUGAAUGUGAUUAAAUAUUUAAUAAGAUGAUAAAUACGAGGAAUUCUGAGAAACUCAUCAAGAAUUUAUGCAGAUUAAAAUAAGCACAAUCAAGAAAA